UGCAUUCUUUUACAUUGGAUCCACUGUUUCUUAAUUUAGAAAAAUAACUAUAAUUAUAUAACUGUGAAGAGCACUAUAUUUAUAGUGCUCUAAAUGCAUGGUAGAAUUUUUCUUAAUUUUAAACCUCAGUUGAAAUUAAAUAAACAAAUAAACUCCAGCAACAGUAUGCUCAAGAGUCCGCCUAUAAAGCAUUGACAUGGUAGUAACCUAACACAUAUGCGUGGUCGAAAUUAUAAGCAACUUUCUUCUAAUUUCCCCCCUUCUUAAUGGCUAUCUGCUCUUCAACUUCAGGAACUAGUAGUUCCUUGCCCUCAAGAACUACUGUCAUGCUUCUUCUGUUUUUCUUUACAGCAAGCGUUGGUAUAACAGAUGCCCAGGUAGGUGUUUGCUAUGGAAUGCAAGGCAACAACCUUCCACCUGUUUCAGAGGUCAUAGCUCUCUAUAAAAAAUCUAACAUCACGAGAAUGAGAAUUUAUGAUCCAAAUCAAGCAGUAUUGGAAGCCCUUAGAGGCUCAAACAUUGAACUCAUACUAGGUGUUCCAAACUCAGAUCUCCAAAGCCUUACCAAUCCUUCCAAUGCAAAAUCAUGGGUACAAAAAAAUGUUCGUGGCUUCUGGUCAAGUGUCAGGUUCAGAUAUAUAGCAGUUGGCAACGAAAUUAGUCCUGUCAAUAGAGGCACAGCUUGGUUGGCUCAAUUUGUUUUGCCUGCCAUGAGAAAUAUACAUGAUGCUAUAAGAUCAGCUGGUCUUCAAGAUCAAAUCAAGGUCUCCACUGCAAUUGACUUGACCCUGGUAGGAAAUUCCUACCCUCCUUCUGCAGGUGCUUUCAGGGAUGAUGUUAGAUCAUACUUGAACCCAAUUAUUAGAUUUCUAUCCUCUAUCAGGUCACCUUUACUUGCCAAUAUUUAUCCUUACUUUACUUAUGCUGGUAAUCCAAGGGAUAUUUCCCUUCCCUAUGCUUUGUUCACUUCACCAUCAGUUGUUGUGUGGGAUGGUCAGCGAGGUUAUAAGAACCUUUUUGAUGCAACGUUGGAUGCAUUGUACUCUGCUCUUGAGAGGGCUAGUGGUGGUUCUCUGGAGGUGGUUGUUUCGGAAAGUGGCUGGCCGUCUGCCGGAGCAUUUGCUGCCACAUUUGACAAUGGGCGUACUUAUCUCUCAAAUUUGAUCCAGCAUGUUAAAAGAGGUACUCCUAAGAGGCCUAAAAGAGCUAUAGAGACUUACUUAUUUGCCAUGUUUGAUGAAAAUAAGAAGCAACCAGAGCUUGAGAAACACUUUGGACUUUUCUUUCCAAAUAAACAGCCAAAAUAUAAUCUCAAUUUUGGUGCAAAAAAGAACUGGGAUAUUUCCGCUGAGUACAAUGCAACAGUACUUUUGCUUAAGAGUGAUAUUUAAGAUAUUGUGAGAAUUUGAGUGCUAUAUGUAUUUCCAAUGUAAGCAUGUAUCCAUAUACUCCAUCUGUCCACUUGUUUCGUUAAUAUUUAUGUGUUGUUUUUUAAAAAUUAAGAUAUAUUAAUUAUUAUUUUAAAAAAUAGUAUUAAUUUUUUUUUAA